AUGUUCGUGGAUAUGGAUAAGUUAGUGAAAGGAAAUGUCGUAUUUGGAGACUCCUCGAAGGUUCCUAUCAAAGGCAGAGGAACUAUACUCAUCCGGCUCAAGAAUGGCUCACAGCAAUUUAUCAAUGAUGUGUACUAUGUCCCAGACAUGACUAGUAACAUCCUGAGUUUGGGUCAAUUGAUGGAGAAGAAUUAUGAAGUCCACAUGGUGAAUCGACAAUUGGAGCUGCUAAAUGAGAAGAGACAGUUGUUGGCCAGAGUCCCAAUGUCGAAAAACAGAAUGUUCACACUGAACAUUCAGACAGAAAUGGCGAAGUGCUUGAAAGCGUGUGUGAAGGACAAUACAUGGCUAUGGCAUCUGAGGUAUGGCCAUCUAAAUUUUGGAGGCCUGAAGUUGCUCGGUCAGAAGAAGAUGGUGCAUGGUCUGCCAGUGAUCAAUCAUCCAGACCAAUUGUGUGAAGGAUGCUUAGUUGGGAAGCAAUUCAGGGCAAGUUUCCCGAAGGAGUCCCUGUCAAGAGCUAAAGCACCACUUGAGCUUGUCCAUGCAGAUCUCUGUGGUCCGAUCACUCCAACAUCAUUUGGCAAGAACAAAUACUUCCUAUUGUUCAUUGAUGACUACAUUAGAAAGACAUGGGUGUACUUCUUAAAGCAAAAGUCAGACACAUUUGAAGCUUUCAAGAAGUUCAAGAUGCUCGUGGAGAAUGAAAGUGGUUGUUACAUCAAAGCAAUGAGAUCUGAUAGAGGGGGAAAAUUUAUGCUGAAGAAGUUCAGAAGGUUCUGUGAAUAUCAAGGAAUUCGCAGGUUUCUCACAGUCCCAAGAUCACCACAGCAAAAUGGAGUCGUUGAGAGGAAGAACAGAACUGUCCUCAACAUGGCGAGAAGCAUGAUGAAAAGCAAGAACCUGCCAAAGGAGCUAUGGGCUGAAGCUGUUGAUUGUGCGGUCUACCUGCUGAACAGGUCACCAACAAAGAGUGUUUGGAAUCAAACACCCCAAGAAGCAUGGAGCGGAAGGAAACCCACAAUAUGUCACCUCCGAGUCUUCGGAAGUGUCGGAUAUGUGCACCUACCGGAUCAAGAGAGGAAGUAG